CCGAAUCCUGGUCUUGGUAACCCAGAAACGUGUCGGGCUCGACAUUACCAAAAGUCCGAUCCUAAACAUAAAGGCGUAAUGAUCCGUAAAGUGACCAGCAGAAGGAAAAUGUCCUCAAUAUCGUCUGCAUUACGCAGUGUUUUGGACAAAAUAGAAACUGCCAAAGAGAAGAGAAAGACAGAUAAUGGGGAGAUGCCGGUGACGUCCAGACUUGUGGCAGUGUCCAAGACAAAGCCCCCCACCUCUAUAGUGGAGGCCUACAGGUGUGGACAGAAGCACUUUGGGGAAAAUUAUGUUAAUGAAUUAUCUGAGAAGUCCAUUGACCCAGAGAUCCAAUCAGAAUGCAAGGAUAUAAGAUGGCACUUUAUUGGACGUCUCCAGAGUAACAAAGCUGGGACAUUAGUCUCAUGUCCUAAUCUCUUUAUGGUGGAGACCGUGCAUUCAGACAAAAUUGCCAAUGCACUGAACAGACAGUGGGAGUCCAAAAAUAAAGAAGGGAAACUGAAAGUGAUGGUACAAGUCAACACAAGUAAUGAAGACAGCAAGUCUGGGUGCAAUACAGAUGAAGUUGUGAACAUCGUGAAAAACAUCAAAGAGAAAUGCCCCAACCUAGAGUUUGCAGGCUUGAUGACUAUUGGAUCUUUUGAUCAUGACCUAUCACAAGGACCUAACCCAGAUUUUUUGAAAUUAUCAGAAUGUCGAAAUAAACUAUGCGAGGAAUUAAAACUAAAUAAACAGGAAGUGGAACUGAGCAUGGGGAUGUCAGCUGACUUUGAACAUGCAAUUGAACUAGGAAGUACAAAUGUACGAGUGGGAUCCACCAUAUUUGGAGCAAGAGAGCCCCCAAACAAAACAAGUGGAAAUUCUGCCUCAUCCUCAGAAGUUAACGACAGUUCAGGGUCAACAAACAAAGAGUCAAAUGUCAAGGACAAAGAAGUCUUGAAAGCCAGCAAAGAACUAAAUCAAAUGUCUAUAGCCAUGUAAUAUUCUAGUAAUAUAUUUUUUUCAGGUGCUACAUCAAAUUUCCAAGCUUGUUAGACUGUGUGUGGAAAAAUAUCUUGUGUUUGGUGUGCUUUUUUGUGUAUCUGAGAAAUACAACACGGUCAGUAGAGAGAAGAAAGUGUACAUAUGUAGAAAUAGGGCAUGUAAAAUUGAAUAUUUAAUUGUUUGUAUGUCUGUGUGGAUGUAAGCUAUACAAUGUAGUAAUGUUUGCUGAUAGUCAUUUUUGGUUUAUCGGAAAAUGUUUAUUGUGCAUUCUAUAUAUAUAUAAAAAAGUAAGUGGUCAUAGUGCUAGGUUAGAUUAUUGAACAUGCAGAAGUAAAACUUGUGUUAACAGACUUAAUGCUAGAACAGUGGUAAUGAAGUAUUCAUUCCACCUUUCGUACAUGUAUGUAAUGAGAAAUUUACCCAUGAUCCUAUGUGAGUACAAUGUAAAUUUUAUAAAUCCUAGAUAAAAAUCCUUGAGAACCCUUAUUGAUUGUUCCUAGGAUAUUAACAAUUUUGUCUAAAGUUAACGUUUUGCAAAUUCUAUGGUUAAUACAUUGACUUUGUUUGCAAACGCAAUCUGUUGCUGGGUUAAUAAUUAUUUCUGUAAGGGAAGAAAAUUAUCAAAAGUCAACACGUUUGUUUAAAAUCCCAUAUUAAUUAACAUUUGAUACAGAAUUUCUCUACAAGUAAUCACUUGGCUUUAUUCCCAUGUAAGAAUUUCUGAACAGUUUCUAAAAAUAAUCUUUUUGAAUAUGUGUGAAAUGUUUUUAAUGACUUUGGGAGGCAAAAUUUGAAGCCUCUAUACUCUAUAUGCAGAACACUUUAUUUGGAAUGGGUAUAAUAUAUAUCCGGUGAAAACAUGAACAAAAAAAUACAAUCAUGUUAAGUACACUGUACUUGUUUAUUUACAUGUAUAUUUCAUGAGUACUUAGAGUUCUACAAUAUCAUAGUUUUGCAAGCACAUCCUUGGUCCUUUUAAAUAGAAGGUGUACAUUACUUAUCUGUUUUGGGUACUGCUUGUUAAAGAUAUAUUCAUUAUAGGGUAACACAGCAUUCUGUAAUUGUGGUUAUCAUAAAUUAUAUAUAACUACAAAGUAGGACUUCUGUACUAUACAGCUGUAAUGAAAAACAUGUGAACAUGUAGUAGUUUACUGAGUACCAUAUAUACUUGCCUAUAAGUCGUUUUCUUUGAAGUUGAAUUUUAGUCCAAAACUCUUUGUCCGACUUAAAGGCAAGUCAUAAAAAGAUUGGUAUUUUUCUUGACAUGCGAAACUUUGUAUUUUAUAAACAUUUCCGACAAUUAUCAUUGAACAAAGUCUGGAUUAUUAUAUCAUUUGUUAUUCUAAGAUUAUACAUAAAGUACAAGAAUUUAUAUAUUUAAUAAUUUUAAAUUUUAUCUUAAGAAGGCAUUACUUAUUUUUCUAAUGACUUAAAAUUAGAUAUUUACUUCAUUUCUAAAAUAUUAAUUGAAACUAGGUUAAAACAUCAGAGCAUUUAUUUGAAAUUGUCAUCUGAUUCUGGCAAAAAGUUGUACCGACUUAUAAGCGGGUCAAUGGUGAAUCCCUCCAAAAUAGCCUAAAAAAAAUACAACCGACUUAUAGGCGGACCGACUUAUAGGCGAGUAUAUACGGUAAUUCCAUCUCUGGUAUAGAGUUUUCUUUUUAAGGUAUGAAAUAAAUUUAAAAAAAUUAAAAAGAGGAAUUUGUAGCUUAUUUUACACCCACAUAUUUUAUCAUGUACAAAAUACAUGUCCUGUAAAUAUCUAUGAAAAAAAAAUAAAUUUGUUACUUUGAUUUUUAUUUUGCAACUUGCUAGCCACACAAUAUUUAAGGAGGCACAUUUGCAGAGUUUUGUUGUAGAAACAAAGAUGAGUUGAAAUUAAGUAUUCUGUUUUGAUGUUCCACCACUAGUAAUUUUCAUUUUUUCCAAAUUUCGCACAACUGGGUUGACAAAGCCAAAUUUGGGCACACCAAAUGAGUUGGUUUUAUUAGUACAUAUACUAUGUUGUUGAAUGUUUGUGUUGAGAAUAAUUUAUUGUACAGUAAACUGUUUUGAUUACAAAA